AUGGCCAACAGUCCCCCUAAAGUGAGCGUCCUGCCGCCGUCCAGUGAAGAGAUUUCCACAAAGCAAGCAGCAACACUGAUGUGUGUGGCCAACAAGGGCUUCCCCUCAGACUGGAGUCUGAACUGGAAGGUGGACGGGAUCAGCAGCAGGUCUCAGUACAGCAGUGUUGCUCUCCUGGAGAAGGACGGUCUGUACAGCUGGAGCAGCAGUCUGACUCUCUCUGAGCAGGAGUGGAGCUCAGUGAUCUCACGACACGUACGCGAGUUGGCAGCCCAAUGGAUAACAGACUUGACGUACGCAUUUUCCCCCUUCGCUUUGCUUGGACAACUUCCGGUCACGGCAUUUCUCCUUUUGCAUCUCCUGCGCACUGUGUGCUGUGCAAAGAAAUAUAGCGAAAUCUUUCUUGUCACAUACAUUACCUAUUUCACAGCAGAGGACUGCAGUGCUGCUGUACAAACCUCUUCUGCAGCAGCCAAUGUCCCUCAUCUGCCUGUCUCACAAUCACUUAAAGGUCCAAAAGACUCUAGUGCUGCUGUACAAACCUCUUCUGCUGCAGCCAAUGUCCCUCAUCUGUCUGUCUCACAAUCACUUAAAGGUCCAAAAGACUCCAGUGCUGCUGUACAAACCUCUUCUGCAGCAGCCAAUGACCCUCAUCUGCCUGUCUCACAAUCACUUAAAGGUCCAAAAGACUCCAGUGCUGCUGUACAAACCUCUUCUGCAGCAGAAAAUGACCCUCAUCUGUCUGUCUCACAAACAAACAAAUUUCGGUACAAGAUUAAAGACUGUCCUGUGCAUUUACUCAAAGAACACUUUCCAUUUGUAAAAACCAUGGGAACGAGAAAAGCAAAAAAUGGAAUAAACAAACAAAGGUUUCGCUGGCAGCCUUGCUCUGGCUGUGGAGUAAAGUGGAAGGACACAUGGGAGCUUCAUUCGGAUGAAUAAAGAAUCCUGACCCUUGACGUUUUGCCAGCCCUGUAUUGCCUGAGUCCUCUCAAACACUGACGAAGAAAUUAACAUUGUGGAGAGUUUUGAUGAUCUUUUGUUGUUCAAUAAACAUGAAUCUGCACACUG